CCUAUCCUUAUACAUGCCCGCUCCCACACAACACCUUCAAGCCCCAGCACUGUCUCACAAGGUGCAACGAGCAAAUAUCUACAAAGUCCAAAGUACCCAUUGUCCAUGUUGAGGCGUUACAUUAUGGGGAUCAUCCUUUGCUUAUAGCCGAGCCCCAGCCCAUAAGGGCUCCAGGUCACAACAACACAAAACAUAUAUAUAUCCCGAUCUCCUGCAUCACUCUAUCGACAAGUCACUUGGUUGCUGAUAUCCUUCCUCUGCUUUAUAGUGUGAUAAGAUUCAACCACAAUGCACCCAAUGCAUCCGAGUGGGCAAGAGCUGUCCCGGCUAUAGGGACCAGUUGUCGUUGAUGUUUCGAGAUGAGAGCACCAAGGUUAUCCAGAAGGCACACGCUCAGUGGGGGAUUUCAGACCUCCCGGAUUCCGCGGAUUCGCCUUCCAGCUCUUCGUCAUCUUCAUCUUCGUCUUCAUCGUCAACUCCCUCUCCCAAGAGCGUCGUCUCCAGUCGAAGCUACUUCUCCACAAGACCGCGGUUCAAGUUAUCAGCAUCACCCGAACACAGUCUUACAAGGCUACCCCAAGAGAUCUACGCCACUAAGGACGACCAGGCCAUCCAGUUUUACGUCGAGCAUUAUGUGGUGGGACAUCCGGACGAACCUACCGCGGCACAUGAGCUGCGGAUGGUGGAAUGGAUUCAUGCCCCUGAGUUUCGGGACAUGAUGGCAGCCGUAGGAUUGGCGAGUAUGUCCAACCUCACUGGCAACAAAGCAUUGGUUACCAUGGCGAGGCAAAAAUACGGCUUGGCACUUCAACAUACGGCAUCCUCGAUAGCAAACCCUCAGGCAAUGAACUUGGAUAUCUCUUUACGAACUGUCAUCAUGCUUGCGAUCUAUGAAGUAAUCCGAAACAAAGGUCGACCAACCGAGGCGGUGCGAACCCACUUGAUGGGAGCCACAGCCUUACUCAGUAACUUUCUAUGUAUUCCUAACUUACCUCAAGAUCUGAUGCGUGGUUUCCUACAACUAUGUCUUGCCCUGCUCAACCCAUUCUACGUCGGCAACCUCGCCCUCCCACCUGCCUACAGCGGCUGGUUCGAUUUAUGCAACCGCCUCGCCGCACCCUCCGACAAACCCGCCGUCGAGAUCCUCGACAUCGCCACUCGCUUGCUCGAGCUAAAUGCCUACCUAAACAACUACGCCCUCAUCGACGGACGGCCCAAAACCUCGCAAAUCAUCCGGAGCGCCCUCGCCAUCGACGCCGAGCUCGACGCCUGGGAACGCCAGCACAGCCAAGGAAGUGUCAGCUCCAUAUGGACCGUCCUCGAAGAACGCUGCGCCCCCGGCUUCUUCCCUUCCGACGGCGUCUUCGAAGAUAGCUACCAUGUUUAUGCCGACCAUUGGGUCGCCCGCGGCUGGAACCACCAGCGCUGGCUGCGGCUGCUCACGUGUCGGCUGCUGAUCGAGUUUAGCGAUCGAUACCCGGUGAGCUGUGCGCAAGUGUUUUCUCCCGCCAACAUGGCGGCGGAACAGCAGAACAUCCUUGCCACCAUUCGGCGUAUUGCGCGCGACUUGUUGGUUUCCAUCCCGACGCAUUACCGACACCCGAGGCUGGAAAGGCAGCAUCGAGAUUAUAUCGAUAUGACGAGUGGAGGGGCGGGAAUGGGCGUGGUGGGUUUGCCGAAUUUGCUGUUCCAGAUACAAGUGGCUGGGUCAGCACCGGGUGUGCCAAGACAUUAUACGGUGUUUGCCCGAAAUAUGCUCGAGACUAUUUUUGCGGAUACUGGGAUGUUGCAGGCGCGAGGGUUGGCAGAGACGUUGGUGGUGGUGGAUGGCGGUGUCGGAGGUAGCGGCAACAACAACAGCAACAACCACGAGGUCAAGCAAGAGAGGGCCGAUACGCCGCCGGAAGGGGUGUUAACGUCGAUAGAAUCUCUGCCUUCAUCGAGGAAAAAGGCGCCUAUUGUUGUGCCGCAACCACAGACGCAGCUCGCGGGAGGGCAGCAGCUGCUUUGGUAUCACGAGAGGCCGGAGGAGUCGUAUUCUUGACAGGGUUGGAUAUUUGAUAUCCGGCGAAAGGGGGUGGCUUACGAAAGGAAUUGGGAGUAUCCAGAUCAGGCGACCAGAUGGGAAUGGGCAAAUUUUUGUAGGAUUGGCGAACUUAUAUGGGUAUAUGGAAGGCUGGCAAUGAGGGCCAGAAACUACCCCUUUGGAUACCCAAAACAAUAAAUCUUCUCCCAAGUUACACUUGGCUCACUUGGGUAUUAUGUUCACAGCUAAAAGGAAUCAAGCCGGGGUUAUUGAAUGACUUUUCACGGUAUAUAUUAC